UUUUCGUCAUUUCUCUCACUCGCUCGAUGUGUUUCGUUCUACAGGAGACAUGUCGAGGGCUUUGUGAAAAAGGAAAAGAGAGAGAAAGGAAAGCUCAAGUUCUAGAGAGAGAAAAUCCUCAUUCAUCAACCAGAGGAGAGAAAAAUUCGGAGGUGGAAGACAAGUCUUUGGAGCUCAUAUUCAACAGGAGCUUAAACCUAGGGUUUCCAGUUCUUUUGUUAAGAUUGAAGAUUUUGUCGAGAUUGAGAUUGUUAUCCAGCUGAUUACUGAUACAGAAUUCUCAAUAUCUAAUGGAUCGACAGUCUCAAGACUAUGCAGCUGCUUCUGCUAUGGCUGCAUAUGCACAACAGCAAAGACAAGCAACUAAUAUGCAACAACAGCAGCCGUUUGGAUUUCAUGGCCAACAUCAACAAUUUCCUCCAUCUGUUCCAGGUCCCCCUUUCCUACCGCCACAUCCUGCUAUGCAACAGUUCCCUUAUCACCACCCUAUGCAGCAGCAACCACAACUUCACCCACAUCAUCCACCCCACCCUCACCUUCUUCAUUUUCAACAGCAGCAGCAGCCACCACCAGCUUUUGCUCCUCAUUUACCCCCACCCAUGGGUCCUUCACCUUUCCACGGGCCCUAUGAUUCUGCUCCUCCACCACAAGUCCCACCUCCUUCAGACCCCGAGCUCCAAAAACGGAUAGACAAACUUGUGGAGUAUAUCAUAAAGAAUGGCCCUGAAUUUGAGUCCAUGAUACGAGAAAAACAACAGGACAAUCCAGCAUAUGGCUUUCUCUUUGGUGGGGAGGGGCAGAGUUACUACCGUUAUAAGCUUUGGUUAAUGACUCGCCCCCAUCUUGGAGGACCCUUCAAUUCUCCCUUUCCAUCUUCAUCUGUGGCCAUGUUGCACCCUCAUCCAAAUCCUAUGACAAGCCCAUCUCCCCUUAAUGCUCCUCCAUUGAAUGCUUCUGCAUCAAUAAUUGGGGGACCUCAAAUGCAUCAAACUCCUUUUGCUUCUUUCUAUGAGCAGCAGCAACACCAUCAACAGGCUUUUGGUAUCCCUGGUCGGUCAGAUUAUGAUCAAUCAUCAAAAUCUUUUAAAGGGCUUUCUGGACCUCUUCCUUCUGAUGUUGCUUUGGAGCUCAACAAUGUACUCAGCAACCUUACUGGUGCAAAAGAAUCCAUUAAAGGUGCCAAAACUUGGUUCAUGCAGCGGUCUCCUUUUGCACCAGCCAUGGCUGAGGCACUUAGAGACAUGAUAUUUAACAUAGAUGAGUCUGAGAAGCAACUUCAUAUUAUAUACCUUGUCAAUGACAUUCUUUUUGAGAGCAUGAUGCGAAGAAUCAACUCAAAGGACCUUGACAACGAAGCUCUAGCAUUUGAACCAGUUUUAGGUUCCAUGCUUGCAAGAGUAUAUCACAACCCUCAAAUGAAGGAGGAAAGCCAGUUGAAAUUACAGAAGUUGGUACAGUUCUGGGCGUCUAAGGAAAUUUAUGAUCAGGAUACUAUUAACGCACUUGAGGGGGAAAUGAUUAAUGGGAUUCCAACUAAAGCUUUGCCAGGGCAUCCAAAAGAGCUAUCUGCUACAGUAGAUUCAGCUGCUGGAUUGACACAGCAUACAAACAACCACGCCAUGCACCAGUGGCAACCUGAUAGGCAAGGGGCCAUUCCAAGUUUUCCAGAUCAAGAACACCCAGAUAAGGCUGUUUCCUCAGGCCAGGCGCUGCCAAGAUCUGUGACGCCACAGCAAUUUCUACCAAGUACAAUACCCACUGCUGCUUUUGUAAGCUCCAUUCCUUUGCCAACUUCUGUUCAACCACCAAACCAACAGCCCAACGCCCAAUUAAUGCCACCACAGCCUGCUGCUGUGGGUGAAAAAUUGCCACCAUAUCCUUUGUUCCCUCCUGGUCUUAUUCCUGGAAUGGUGAGAAAAAUGCAGAUUGGAAGUGGAGUCCCAUAUUCUCCCAUGAGCCCUUUGGAUAUUCCAACUGUAAUUCCUCCAUCCACUAUAUCUCCCUCUGAAGUUCUUGAAAGAGUGUCUAAGUUCUUUAAAGAGAUUGGUGAGGUUAAUCCCUCAGAAGGACCCAUGGGUUCUGAUGGAAAAGACGAUGAUUUUGAGUAUGAAAGAGAGCCACCUGUACGUAAGGGUGGAGCUUGCAUUCCUCCUCCUCCCAACCUUCAGGUUGACCCAGAGACAGGUGCUUACGCUGAUGGAAGUGUAGAUCGAAAGGGCUCAGGAAGAUUAGGACUUGGAGCAACAACCAACCCAAACGAGGAUAGUCAAUAUGAUGAUGUUUACACUUCUUAUAGAAAACAAAGAAGUACCAAUUACCACUCCUCUAUGAGCGCAAGGGCCACAACAAAGUGAAGAAACAUUUCUAUUUAAUUACUAGGAGAGACCUCAUAGUUUGGAACAUAUAACAUACCAGCCUUUUUCUGUUUACUUCUAAGUUUUGCUAGAUUUGUUCAUCAUUAGGUCAUUAGCAUCGGACCCAACCGGCUGAACUGUGUAUUUAGUUCUGAUCUAAAUGAUCAUUCUCAAGAAAGACAGACGUUACAAAUUGAGACUCAAUUGUUUUUUUGUUUUUUUCUUGGAUUUUGACUUCUCGAGUAAAUUGAACAGUGAGUUUUAUGGUGCAUGGAUUAACAGUUGGCUUAA